AUGGAGAUGCAGUGGGUGCUGGUUCUCCACGCCCUCGCGACUCUGCUUGUGGUCGUAUCCCUGCUGUGUGGCCACUGGCCGAUCUUCGAGGGGACCUUCAUCGAGCGGAUCCACUUCUUCAUCACCGUCGGCGCCUACGACUAUCUCACGUAUGUUGAGAAGAAAAGAUUAUAUAUGUCUCGUUGUCCCUCUUUUCUUCCUUCGUCUCGUUUUCCUGUUCCGAAGUGUGAUUCGCCGUUUCUGAUGGGGUUGCUCUUGGGGUUUGGCUUGGAGAUUUCUGUGAGAUGAGUCUGGGAUGAUCUCUUCGCGUGUUGAAUCUGAUGCAUCUGGAAGUUUCCUUGGAUCCGUCUUUUCUCUCAGAGGCUGUUGGGGACUUCAGGCAUACUGGAUUUUCGUCGAGCUACUGGAUUCAGUGUCAAGUUCCCUCGCUAUAUAAGAGAAUGGAAUAACUUGAAUGAAAAAAUAUGCAAUUAAUGAAAGGGACAGUGGGAUUUACCCUGAAAGGAGCUUUAUGGAAGUCAGGGGGGAACUUAAUGUCACAGCUGAGUUCUAUGCGAAUUCGAAUGCAUCUGAGGCACGUUGGUUUUAUGUUAAUUACCGCGUGAUUAGCAACGCCCAGAGUAUUGGAACUUCAAUCCUGCGUGUUUUAAAAUUCGAUAUCAAGUUCGAUGAGAGUCUGAAUUCAAUUUUUUCUCCUUUUCUUCUGCGUGGAAUAUGAACGUCGGUUGCACAGUAACUCUUGGUGGAAUAGCAAUAUCUUUGGAUGAUUUCACCUUAUGUGAUUGUGUAAGGCUAUUUAUCUAUAUAUAUAUAUAUAUAUAUAUAUAGAGAGAGAGAGAGAGAGAGAGAGAGAGAGCAGAGGUGCAACUGUUGAAGAAUCUUUGGGAGGGACUCUGCAUACAUCAGCAAGUACAGAAUUUUCAUCUCAUGUAUUUCUGAUAGGAUUCAGAAAAAUGUACUUAGAACUGUAUUUCGUUAUUGAGUGGUUGGUCGUUGUAAUUUUUUGGGCUGAAUAUUUUCAUCCAUGCUUGAUUGACCCUCAAGACUUUCUGCAUCUCACUGUCUGUGGUCUUGUGUGUGAAAUGAAUGGGAAUCCCAUUGUGAAAAUAACUUCAUUACGUGCUUGGAAUGUGUUCCUUUCCAUGAUUUCCCCGUAAAGUGUUUGCUGGAUUUUUCCAGACGAUUUGUAAUCACUGCGUUUGGAUCUAGAGGCAGGCAUCUUUUGUUCUCAGUGGAGCAUUACUGUUGCGAGCGGCCAAAUCCAAUCUUACAGGUUUUUCAAUGCAUUCUAUCUCGAUUUAACUAUUUAUUCCAUCCUUUUAUUAACAAUAUUCUGGGCUUGACUUUUCUACUUUGUUUUUUUGCAUAUCCGCUCAACCUCUUCGGUAAAAGAAAAAAGUUGAUUAUAAAUUCAUUUUUCUGUGUAUGAUUAUUCUCAUUUAUGUUUAAUCACCUAUCAUUAACGAACUGUAACAUCUGUCAAUUGAACUAAUGGGCGGGGUUCUUGGCUUUACUUUUAAAAGGAAUACCCAUAAAAUGCUUUGAUUUACCUCCACUUCAGUUUGCUAGAUGCCAAACUCAAAUAUAUGCGGGAUUGCAUUAAAUCUUGUCAUCUCGUGCCGAGCUUGUGCAAAUUCCCUUGGCAAGGAGCAAUGUAAUAACCUAUAGUAGCUGAACUGUUGAUGUGCAUCCGCAAGGCUUCCCUUCACAGUAGGCGGCAAAGAUUGCCCAAUUCCCAUACGUCUGGAAAAAGGAAAAAAAAAAGUCAACUCCUGGAGCACCCUUUUGGACUUGUGAAUCUGAAAUAACAUUCUUUUUGUUGGGGUUGGUGCUCUUUUUUAUUCACUUGGAAGGGAAUUCUUGUCAUGCCGUACUGAAUUGGUGGCAUCUAUAUGCAUAAUGGAGGGCCGAAUUAUUCAAACAGUUGGAGUUCAUGGCCCCACGUUAUGGCAACUGAAGAAGAUUCUUUCAUGAACUAUGACAUUGCAGAUGGAUGGAGGGAGAAUGGUUCCGGGAGAUGUUCUUCCCAUCAAUAUUUCAGGUCAACGAUGAGAAAAAAAAAAGGGGAGAGGGAGAACUAAUCGCACUCACAUCCCAUCCUUGGACUCAAUCAAUGUGUGCGUUGGUUUGAUGAAACUAGUUCAUAAUUAUGGUAAAGAGAAAAACCAGAUCAAGGUUGAGGAGACAAUGAAGGUAUUCCCAGAGACACAGAGUUAUAACGAGCUUGGAGGACAAUAAAUGAUCUGAGGAAAAUUUUUCUUUUUCUUUGAUAAAAAAAAUUAUUUACACUAUAUGGAGGAGAUUUUUUUUUAUCAAAGAAAAAGAAAAAUAAAAAUUAUUGGCAACAUUGGUGGGCCUGGUCUGGAAGGCACACCCUGAAGAGAGUGCUGGCUGCCACUGGCUAUGGAGGGCUACUUCCAUGAUCUUCACACUAUAUGCUGAGUUGUGAUUCACUCACUAGCCUCUGAUGGGUUUUCCAAAUGUUCUAAUUACAGUUUUUUUUUUGUUGCAAUUUAUGAAUGAUGAUUUAUGGCUCGGAUCCUCUGGUCGAUAUAUUUUAAUUCAAUUUAUAUUGUCUGACUAGAAAAGGAAUAAGCUUCAUAAUUGUCUCGUCCAUAUGCCUUGACUUUUGGAAUUAAGAUCAUUAAGAAAGCAUUAAUAUAAACAUGUAGUAGUCCAUGCACGACUUCAUGGAUUCUAAUCAAUUUGGCUUCAUACAGCAUAUGCUCUGAAGAACCAACAGUUAUGUCAGAAAAUGGAAAUCCUAUAUAUAUGUAUGUAUAUAUAUUCAUGAAUUUUAAGCUUUUGUGCAUAUUUUUGUCAAAAAAUAUAACAUUUUUGGGAAAAAUAAAAUGUUAUUUUGUUUAUAUUAUUUGCAGAUAUUUUACCUAUCCAUUGUUGGAGUCACAUACUAUUUCAUUGCAAAGUCUUCCUUCAGAUAUAUUCCAGGCUAUUAUGUGGACGGAUCGCACAGGUGGUGCUCUGUUAAGACCACACGAUUUCCCAUUCUCUGACUCUGCUGCUGAAUAAAAAUACUGGGAUUAUCCAACCGUUGACCGUUUGCAGAUAUCUGAGCAUGGUGGGGGUCAGCGUCGGUGGUCUACUUUUCCUGUUGACCAGUUUCUCAGAUCCUGGGACAGUCAACGCUGAGAACGUCUCCCAGUACGCCUCUGCCUACCCUUACGACAACAUCAUUUACGUGAAGAAAUUUUGUUCGACCUGCAAGAUUCCAAAGUUCGUAACCUUCUUACCGAUUGAUAUACACUUAUACGCCUGUGUUUAUUUAGUUAUGAUUUCUGCUUUUUUCUGUGAUCUCUGACGUGAUUGGCUAUUUUUUAUCUUAAUUUUUUGAAAAAAAAAAAAAGGCCAGCAAGGUCAAAGCACUGCAAGAUAUGCAACCGAUGUGUGGCCCGCUUCGAUCACCACUGCGGGUGGAUGGUCUGGUUCCAAUUAUAGUAAUGCAUUUUGUUUGGAAACAGAGGUGAUCUCCCUUGGGUUCGCUUACUUUGCUCCAUUGGCUGCAGAAUAAUUGCAUCGGGGAGAAGAACACGCGGUAUUUCAUGGCCUUCCUGCUCUGGUAACCCUUCAUCCUUCGCCCGCUCCCCCUUCACUUUCAUAGAUAGAGAGAGAGAGAGAGAGAGAGAGAGAGAGAGAGAGAGGAAACUGGGUACUGCCCGUGGUGCCUGAUUUCCUUCUUGAGCUAGAGAGAGAGAGAGAGAGAGAGGAAAAUGGGUACUACCCGGUUGGGCUCCAUGGAGAUGCUUUAAUCUGGGACAUGGGAAUUUCUCCCCAUCUGUGCAGGCACUUUCUUCUCUGCCUCUACGGAGCGGUUGUUCUGGGACUGAUCCUCGCCUGCCAAAUGAAGCAGCACAAGAUCGUCUACAUUCUAACGAGUGAGUUCAUUCUAACUUAACCUGCUCCAUCAUUAUCAUCAUCGUCAUCCGGCCCUUGGAAACCCUAAUCUCCCGUGCUUCAGCGUACUACGGGAUCGAUAGCUCCUUCUACAGCCUCGCCCCGCACAUCUCUCAGGUGACGACCACGAAUCGGAAGAUAGGGACCUCUCCCUCUUCUCAUUCUAACUCCUCCCUCCGCGACUUCGCAGUGGCUCCUGGCCUCCUACAACACGCAGGUCCUCAUCAUCGCCUUCCUCACCGUGGUCUCCCUGCUUCUGGCGGGCUUCUUCGGCUACCACGCCCACCUCUGCCUCACCAACACCACCACCAACGAGGUCCGUCUCUUCCUCCCCCUUUUCUCUCUCCUCUCUCUCUCUCUCUCUCUCUCUGUCUCUGUCUCUGUCUCUCUCCCCCUCUCUCGCAAGCUCAAGAAAGAAAUCAGGCACCAUGGGCAGUUCCAAGCUUCCUCUCUCCCUCUCUCUCUCUCGCUCAAGCUCAAGAAAGAAAUCAGGCACCAUGGGCAGUAGCGCCCAGCUUCCUCUCUCACUCUCUCUCUCAUGCUCAAGAAGGAAAUCAGGUACCAUGGGCAAUAGUACUCUCUCUCUCUCUCUCUCUCGGUCAAGCUCAAGAAGGAACUCGGGCGCCAUGGGGAGUAGUACCCAGCGUCCCCUCUCUAUGACUCUCUCUCUCUCUCUCUCUCUCGGUCAAGCUCAAGAAGGAACUCGGGCGCCAUGGGGAGUAGUACCCAGCGUCCCCUCUCUAUGACUCUCUCUCUCUCUCUCACGAUGGGUGCCGGUCUGUUCACGCAGACCUUCAAGUGGCAGGACUACGUGAGCUGGAAGACGAAGCUGAACGAGGCUAAGGCAAGCGCGGCGGCGCUGAAGGCGAGCCUCGCCGGAGGGGUGGUGACGGCGCCGCCGGGGGGGGAGCGGGUGGAGAAGAUGAAUGCUUACGACAGAGGGGUACUGGGGAACCUGGGCGAGGUUGUGCGGCCGCUGUCGGAGAGGGCGCCUUUCUCCCGGGGGAAGAAGAGGGCAUAG